AUUUUCGUUUUUUGUGCGACGACGUUGGCAACACGCAUGCGCACGUCAAGCACGUGAAACUUGCCUCCUUUUUAAAUGUUUUUUUGUGUGCGAUUUAAACAAAACGCGAUUACACGUUUCGUGAAUGGAUUUAAAACACUAAAAACAAGUUGUUGUGAUUGUCCCCUCUAGUUCUGUUAGUGUUCUAUCACAGUUAUAAAAUCGACCAAGACGAUGGAUAACAUCAUCGACUACAUUUACAAGUCUUGUGAUCCAACUAAUACAAACCUCGUUCAAGUCUCCUCAUUGAUAAGCGUUAUAAAACCUUACAUGCCCAACAACCCACGAGAACUCGUCGAUCUGCAGUCCAAACUUGACCCCCAUAGUACAAACCCCAACAUAGAUUGCACGUUUUUUCAAAAAGUCAUGAGCGACUGGAUCGCCAAUAUACAAGAGAACGAUAUCAAUAACAGCUUAUCGGAUUUUCCCGUCAAUUUCAGUCAGACAAUCAGCCCAAACUUGUCGCAAAUUUCCGGCAGCUGCAGUGUCAACAACAACAACAAAAUAGUCAAUGAGAGUAAUCUUCCGGCUGAAGAACAAAUAGCUGAUUUGAAGCUGAAACUGAACAAGGUGACGUCAGAGCUGGACUUGGUUAAGCAGCAGUUGGCGGCCUGCGAGGACCAAAACGAGUCGCUGCUGUCAGAUUUAAAAAGCCAGAAAUUGCAAAAUAAAGAGCGGCGCAGUGAACUUGUACGUCAGAAAGCGGUUCAGAGUGAAGAAAUAAGGGAAGAAAUUCAUGUGGAUUACAAGAAGUGUGAACAGUUGGAGAGGAUGUUGUCUAGUAGCGAUAAACAACAGCAGGUGUAUCUUGCACAAAUUGGUACACUUGAAAAUGAGAACCUUUACUUGAAAAAUAAGUUGCAAUUGUUAGAAAAAGUCAAACAAGAAGAUAAAAAGUCGUUGAGUGAUAUGCGCGAUUCGCUUGACGAGAAAGACACAGAAAUAUCAACUCUAAUGGAACUGAUCGACGACGUGAAAUCUCAGUUAGAGGAAAAGGCGGAUCUUUUAAAUUUUUAUGUCAAUGAACACAGAUUGCUCAAACAAAAAAUACACGAUUUGGAAGCGGUGAUCAAAAAUAAUAUUUGUCACAAUAGCACAGCUCUUGCACAAGAGCCGCCACUGGGUGGUAGUUUCCAACAUAUUUUUAAUACUCCAAAGUUGCUAAACCAAUUGGCUAACCCUAUUACUCCGAUGAUUAGAGACUUUAGUACCAGUAGUCCAUUGAAAGACACGCCAUUGAGGAGAAAUUUCAAUUGCAAUGGCGGUCCUGAUUUACUGAGUAGCUCUUUGGAAGCAGUGACGGCGUGCAGAACUUCACCUAAAACCUUGAAAGACGAGUUGGCAGAAGUUUCAUGCAUCAGAUUAAACGAGUCUGAAGACGAACUUGGCCGGUUGCAUAAAUUAGUGAAAGAUCAAGAAGACAUGAAGAACCAUCUAUGGGAAAACAUGAAGCAGUUGUCCAAAGAUAAUGAAGAACUUCAAGACUAUAAGAAAGAAUAUCUAGAUUUGAUGCUCAGAGUUCAAGAGAAAGAUCAAGCACUUAGAGAAAUGAAAAACGAGCUGAAUGAAAAAAACCAAGCGCUUACAAAUAUGAAAAAAGAAAUGGAACUUUUGAAAGAAAAACCAAGCGCGAUUGGACAUUUGACAGACGAAUUGACUAAUUUGGAAGACAAUUUAAUCAAACAGAAGUCCAUUAGUACUAAUCUGAAAACGAAUCUAGAGUACGUGGCUAAAACUUUGGAGCAAGAAGUGUGUGAACAGUUGUUCAAAGAAGCGAAAAGUACACAAACUGAACAAAAUACGACAAGUAGAAGUGUCCAAGUUGACGACGAUCUAAACACGAAAUCGUCUCUGGAACAACCAGAACGGAAAUGCAAUUACGCAAAACAGCAGAUGAAAAUAGACCGACUUCUGGAAAAACAGGAAAAAACUGUCAAAGAUUUGUGCAGCGAGAGGGCAAUCAACACAAAAUUGACGCGCAAAUAUCAAGAUAAAUGCAUGGAGUUUGAGGGUAUUAAAACGCACCUGGAAUCUCAGCGCGAGGAAAUUGACAAGCAAACGCGCCGUUUCGAGGCGCUGCUAGCCAAGAAAAAUGCUUUACUGAAAGAUUUGGACGCUCUGAAGUUAAAAAAUUCGGAUUUAGUGUCGGAAAUGGAACUCGUAAAAGAAGAAAUCGCGAUUGUGAAGUCGGAGAAUCAAGAUUUGAACGAAAAUCUCUCCAGUGUGAUCAAUAAAUUGGCGAGUGAAGCAAACACUGCUGUGAAGUUGCGUCUAGAAAACGAACUGUUGCUGAACAAUCAGUGCCAUCUGGAAACGAAGUUAAAGACUGAUCUUGUGCGUCAGUUCCACUUGAAGAAGUACUUGGUGGAUUCAGAUGCUCUGCACCGGGUUUCGUUGAAACAGCUCCAGGAUGAGUUGGUGGAGAAGGGGACUGAGAUUAGGACACUCAGGAAGCAGAAUGAGGUCGCUAGUGUCGAUGUUUUUAUUUCGUCGUGUAACGAGGAGUUGCGAAGGGAACUGAUUAGUAUUUAUGAGUUUUUCAACCUUGAGUAUGACUUCCCAGACCGACAAAUGCGGUUUGAAUGUAGUGAAGAUACCUUAGAUUUGGAGAACGAAAUGAUUCUUCUGAAAAGAUACAUUUCAUUGGCUAUUUCAUUUAUGCACGACAUGCGCAGUAAACACCUGGCUGUAUUAAAUCCACCUGAAGUUGACUUAACCAGGAAUGAAUUUCCAAGCCAUAACGUUGAGUUUGAUCAUCCAGAGGAGCACGAACAUGCAGACUUUACAAUAAAUAGCGACACUUUCGUAAGUUGCUUAAGUGACAUUUCUGACUUUGCGCAAGAGGUUGAAUCUUUGUCGUUCGAUAGCGAUUCGUGUUUCGAAAAUCUGGAAAUCGACCCCGUUGAUUUAAGAAAUUUAUCUCAGAGCGAAAGGGAGGAAAAGUUUGCAACCCUCGCACUGCUAUUAACCGUUGAUGUCAAGACUUUACAGAAACGAAUUUCUAGUGAACAAGAAAAGUUUCGUCAGAUGACUACAGGUUUUUUUUCGCAUUUGAACUACGCGCUGCAUUUGCUCAGUCAGAGUAGAAACAACGUGAACGAAGUUGUAAACCAUUUGAAAUUAAUGAAAAAUAUAAGUAAAGAUGUAUUUGAAGUGGCCGUCCAAUGCGGCGUGCUUCACUCAGACCAAAGAACUGCGAAUUGUUGGAGAGUAGCAAUCAACUACGUGGCGCUUUUGAGCCAAGAAAAUAAAAAAUUAAAUGAAAAAAAUAGCGCCUUAAGGUUGCAAGUCAAGCGUUUUCCCGUCUCUUCAUUCCUUAAUGAAGAUGGUGUGAGUUGCAACGCUAAGAAUUCCAGGUUUAAGUUUUGGAUUUAUGUUUUGUUUCUUGUGUUGCUGUGUUUGGUGUUAUUAAUCCUCUAUGUUGAUCAUCAUUGCCCCAGGAAUACGAAACGAGUGUGUCCUCUACAAUGGAUAUUAGAAUUGUUUGUUGAAAAAAUACCCUCUGAUGAUUUUCGUCUGUAAUUUUUAUUGUUCUUUGUUUAUUACAAAAUAUAUUUUUAAAAAACGACUAAAUUAA